UGAAGUCUUCGUUUCUAUUUCCAUGUAGUUACUUUCAUGAUAUAAUUAUCUUAUAAUAUUAUAAAUCCUAAUGUCUUUUUUCUUAUCAUCAUAACAAUAUCAAACUCGCUCUCACAUUUUCUUCCAUUCCAAGAGAGCUUCAUCUAUGGCCGUUGCUUUUGAUUUCCAAGGUUACAUCCAACUUUUCCUCAUCUGGCUUAUCUCCACCAUUAUUGUUCGAGUCAUUCUCACAAGAAACCGCAAGAAAAACGGUCACCAAAACUUACUACCAAGUCCAGCAUCACUACCUAUCAUCGGACACCUUCACUUAAUCUCUUCAUUACCACACCAAAGCUUCCACAGCCUCUCAUCCCGGUAUGGAUCCAUCAUGCAAAUCUACCUCGGCUCACUCCCUUGUGUGGUGGUCACCACCCCGGAAAUCGCGAAAGAGUUCCUCAAAACACACGAAACUACCUUCAUCAAUCGUUUCAAAAGCUCUGCCGUUCAUUACUUGUCUUACGGCUCAAAGGGUUUCUUGUUUGCGCCUUAUGGAAGCUUCUGGAAGUUCAUGAAGAAGCUCUGCAUGUCAGAGCUUCUCGGUCAACGAACACUCGACCAGCUUCUCCUUUUGAGAAAGCAGGAGACUCUGAGAUUCCUCAGAGUCUUGCAGAAAAAGGGAGAAGCUGGCGAGGCCAUGGAUGUUGGUGCCGAGCUUUUGUCUCUCACCAACAGCGUAAUUUCGAGAAUGACCAUGAGCGUGACUUGUUGCGAGGAAGGUGGGAACGGUGAUGAUGCAGAAGUUAUGAGGAAGAUGGUGAAAGACACUGCUGAGCUUGCUGGAAAGUUUAAUGUUUCGGAUUUUAUUUGGUUGUUUAAGAAUUGGGACUUGCAAGGGAUGAAUAAGAGGCUUAAGGGGAUUUUGGAUAGGUUUGAUUCGAUGAUAGAGAGGGUAAUAAAGGAGCAUGAAUUGGCAAGGAAGACAAGGAAAGAAGAAGGAGAAAGUGAUGAAGGUGGAAGAGUGAGGGACUUGCUUGAUAUUUUGCUGGAAAUAUAUGAAGAUAAGAGGAAUGACGAGAUAGAAUUGAGCAGAGAAAAUAUCAAAGCUUUCAUAUUGGACUUAUUCAUGGCAGGAACAGACACCUCAGCUAUCACCAUUGAAUGGGCUUUUGCUGAGUUAAUCAACAACCCACAUGUAAUGAAAAAAGCAAGACAAGAGAUUGAUUCAGUAACAAGAAGAAACAGAAUAAUAGAAGAAUCAGAUCUUCCAAACCUUCCUUACUUGCGAGCCAUAGUUAAAGAAACACUAAGGCUUCAUCCUCCGGCACCACUUUUAGGGAGGCAAUCAACUGAAAUCUCUAAUGUUUGCGGCUAUGAAAUUCCAUCAAAGUCCUUAUUGUUUAUUAACCUGUGGUCUAUGGGUAGGGACCCUAAGAUUUGGGAGAACCCUCUGGAGUUUAGGCCAGAGAGGUUCAUUGAAGAAAGACAAUUGGAUGUCAGGGGGCAAUAUUUUCAACUAAUGCCAUUUGGAACUGGAAGAAGAGUGUGCCCUGGAGCUUCACUAGCACUUCAAAUUGUGCCUAGUAAUCUUGCUGCCAUGAUUCAGUGUUUUGAAUGGAAGGUUGAUGGGGUUGUUAGUAUGGAAGAGAAACCUGGCAUGACAGUUCCAAGAGCUCAUCCUUUAAUUUGUGUCCCUGUGCCUCGCUUUAAUGUCCUUCCUUCUAUUGAUUCUGUGUAGAUGAUUAUUGUGCUUAGUGCAAAAUAAGAAAUUGGAAAAUAGUUGUUUUUUUAAUUAUAAUUAGAACAUGUUAUUAUGAAAUCAUGGCAAUAAUCAAUAAAUCAAUUUGCAUAAUCA